CAAGAUCACGAAAAGCUAUAUUUGCACAAGGACAGAAGCAAAACAUGGAGAAUUCCUCUCCAAAUCAAUCUUCAGAAGGGCCUUCUGGCUUUAGCGACAGCGAUAUGAGCGCAGACGAAAGUCUCUCGGCGGAUAAAAGCAGAAUCGCUUCUUUGGUACAAGAAAAGCGUGUUUUAACCGUAGAACUCGAGACGUACAAGCUGAAAUGCAAAACUCUGGCGGAGGAAAACAAAGCACUUCGAAAAGCCAGCGUGUUUAUCCAAGCAAAGGCCGAACAAGAAGAGGAAUUCAUAUCCAACACAUUGAUGAAAAAAAUUCAAUCGUUGAAGAAAGAAAAGGAAUCCUUGGCCAUGAAUUAUGAGCAGGAAGAGGAAUUCCUGACAAAUGACUUGUCCAGGAAAUUGAUGCAAUUGAGGCAGGAGAAAUUUCAGUUGGAACAAACUCUUGAGCAAGAACAAGAAUUCCAAGUGAACACACUGAUGAGGAAGAUUGAAAGACUAGAGGCUGAUGUUGUCUCAAAGCAAAGCUGCCUUGAACAGUUGAGGAAAGAAAAAGUAGACCUUGAGAACACUUUGGAACAAGAGCAGGAAUCUCUUGUGAACAGGCUUUGGAAGAAAAUGGAGAGGUUGGAAUCACAGAAAAGAAAUCUUCAAGAGAGAUUAGAAGAGCCCGUAUCAGAACCACCCUCACCCAAGGAGCUAGAUGAUCCAAAUGACAUCACCAUUAAAACAAUGACCUCCAAAAUUAAGUCCCUCAGAGACGAAGUGAAAAGGCUACGAGGUCAACUGCUUGCUUCAGAGAAAGAACAUGUCGAAAAGAUGGCCGCGCUUGAGAAAGAAGAAAGACAAAUCAAGGAAGAAAAUAUUCGUCUUCAAAGACGGUUGUUGUUGGAACAAGAAAGAAGAGAAAACUUAGGAAGACAGUUGUCGGAGAGCGAGUCCAGUUUAGAAAUGGAGGAUGAGAGACAUUUCAAUGAGUACAACACAAGCUAUAGUGGACAUCGCGAAAGGACGAGGUCCUUAUCACCAGUUGGUUGUUUAGCAUUUGGUUUCUCCUCCUCGUCACCUCGCUCCAGUCUCCACUCGUCCACAAGCAGUCUGGCGUCGCAAAGUCUGCCAACCAUGGGAACCUCUCCGCCAACCGGGAGGCAUAUCAAACACGUGAGCCCUAAGCCAAGCAAGCCAGCGGCAGGUGGUAGUGGGGCAAGCUCAUCAAGUACAACAGUAUGACAGAUGAAGAAUGUGUGUACCAUAAUAGUCUAUGUUGUUUGGCGCACGGCCUUUUAAAGGUUUCACGCGAAUUGAAAAUCUCCAAAAAAAAAUAAAUAUACCCGUUACCUUUCGGUAUCAGUCUGAAAACUAGCACUGGAUAGAUGUAUCCUCUUAUGAAAUUGGAUUUUUGACCAUGUUUACUUUCCCCAAAGCCGAAUUGAAAAUGCGGACACAUGUUUUGCUGAUUCAAAUCAAAAUGUCGCAAACGUCAGCAUGUACUAGCUGCUAGUUUUCAGAUCACUGCCUAUCAGCAAGCCAAAUUGGCGAUUGCACACCCCCUUUUAAAAAAGCACCCAAUUCAAUGGUUUGCGGAACAGUUGUUCCCAGUUGAUGAAAACAGUGAAUCAUGAAUUAGAUAUUGAGGAAGGUUCUAAACAGGGUUUUUAACAUUGAAAAACAUUGAAAAGUGAAUUCUUUUGAAUCUCUAGUGCUUUGAACCCUGACAGCAAUGGUUAUACCCUGUUUUGAUCAGGGUAACCAAUGUUAACAGUUUUAUCGCUGUACUACAAUAGAUGAAAGGCUACCAGAAAACGUAAUCUCGGGGCUUUCGGUUAAACCAAUGGCUUGCCCGUCAUGUACAAAAUUUGAACGCAGGAAUUUCAUUUUCCAAGGCGUAUUGGAGGUAGCCUUUCAUGUACUAUGUAGUAUAGUAUGGUUUUCACCCUCGGCGAGCACCAAUUGUUCAGCAAAAGCUCCUUGAAACCAUUAGGAAUUAGUAAAAACAUGUAAAUAUUAGUAUUGUGGAUGGCUUUAGCAAAAAACGCUUUAACUGCAAAGUGCAAACGGGCAUGAAAGGUCGCACUCACUUUUUGGUAUAGCACCACAAUGGAAGAACAUAUCACAAUAGAAAUCUAGAAUCUAAACAUAUUGAUCCUGGUUACUUGAAAAAGCUUGGAUAAAAAAAACUUAGGGACGGUAUUCUUCAAACGACUUUAAUUAAUCGUAGUGUUUGAGUAGUAAAAUUCGAUUUUUUAAAGAAUACGUGGUUUUUGAGAAUAAGUUGGUGUAGCGUUCAUUUCAAAACGCUUGGAAUUUGUGUGUACGCUACCUUCUACAUUUGCAUGUAUACCCGGUUUUUUUUUUCUAAAAAUGAGUCGAGAUAUUUUUUUACAACACCGUAAGCAAUAUGUGCAGUAAUUAUAGCCUAGGUCUUUUUUGUGUUGCAAAGUCAGCGUUGCAAAGAAAAGUUCCAGAGUGAAUGUUGCUAAGAUUUUAAUGUAGCAAAUAUAAAAACUACACUAAAUUGGCUUCCGUUUUUCACACAAAGUCUUAAAUAAGUCCGAUAACGGAUUCCACACACUGGCGCUCAAAUAUAACUGACUUAGCAACCGAAAUAACCGUCAACUACGCAGUUUGCCUUUUCGAAAAGGAAAACUGCUUAAUUGUCGACAACUAAUAAUUUAGAUUUUAGUUGCCGACAACUUGCGCGACAGACUACGUUUUUUAGUUGGCGAUAACUUUUAGUUGUCGAUCUCAAAUAGUUGUCGACAACUAAAUCCCUAUAGUCUGUGGAGGCCCUUAGUUCCUCGUUAUCACUUGACUGCGUCUAUUGUAUCGAUUAAAGACGUAACAACAGCCGAUCUAGAGGCAAAAAUAUAACCCAUUGUAGCCUGCAGACAGCAAUGCCAAUGGGAACAAAAAUGUUUAAUUGAUCAAAAACCGUAAAAGAUGUGCUAAUAUAAUUCUUGAACGGUUUUUUCUCCGCUCAACACGAAAACAACUCGCGGGCCACAGCAUGCGUUGGUUGUAAUCAGCUUUCCAAAAUAAUCCGUCGAGGAUUAAAUAUCUUCUCAGAUAUAUGAUAUGGCUUCUGGAAGUUGUUUUCGCGAUGUGUGGAUGAUAGUGUUUAGUGGCAGAGAUAAUUCUGUCAAAGUAAAUGAUGUAAAAUGAUUCUAUUGUAAAAAACCGAUGAACAAAAUUAAAAUCCA